CCAAGGGAUUGGUUUGUGUUUAAAGGACCUGUUUUAGUGGACUCAGAGAGAACAAUGUUGAAACAAACAGAUACUCCUGAGACUGUGCGUCUGUCUCACUCCAUCAAUGAUGAAGAGAUAAAGUAUGUGAAGGAGAGGAAGACUCUGAUUAAGAAGUGGCUGAAAGGUCAGGGUAUCGACUGUGAACUGGAGGAUGUUCCUAACAUAGCGUUGCUGGGGUCAGGUGGAGGAGAGAGGGCAGCAGUGGGCAUGCUGGGAUCUCUGCAUCAGCUGGGACAGGACAACCUGCUGGGCAGCCUCCUCUAUAUGUGUGGGGUGUCAGGCACCACCUGGUGCAUGUCAUCCCUGUACAGCGAUCCAGAUUGGUCAUUGAAUAAGCGUUGUGAUGAGGUGAUAAAGAAGCUGAAGGGUCCUACAGUGGACUUGAGCAAGAUUGUGGAGUGGCUGAAAUCGAGGAAAGGACUAAACCAGGAAUUCAACCUCACUGACUUCUGGGGUGCCUUCACUGCCUCCUAUUACAUGAAAGAGAUGAACACUCGCUGUCUCUCUGAAGAAGCUCACAGGAACAGCAACAACCCCUACCCCAUCUACAGCGCCAUAGAACUGGAGCACAACAAACUGGACUGCACUAAAGGGGUAUGGUUUGAGAUGACCCCCCAUGAGAGUGGCUUCUCCGGAUUGGGAGCUUUCGUCCCAACUUCCUGUCUUGGGAGCCAGUUUGAUGGCGGGACUCUGAGAGAGAAGAGGAAGGAAAUGGACAUGGUUCUGCUGCAAGGUAUCUGUGGGAGUGCCAUUGCAGAUGGGCAGAGGAACAAUGCGGAGGUAGUACAAAUUAUCUGGGACUUACUGGGAGACGAUAAAACAUCCAUCAGACAAUGUUAG